UAGUCAUCGCUGUUAACCGUGAAAUUGAAUUCCCAAUCCGAUGAUCGCCGGUGAAAUCCAUCUUGCACCUGAGAUUUCUCUUGCGCUUCCCGAUUCAAGCCUAGGGUUUUUGUUUGUGCUCUCGUCUUCCUCUCUCUGGAACUUGUGUACUGACGAAGAAGAAGAUUGAAUUGUGAACAGCAUGAAUUUCCUUCUUGGAGCUUUCAAGCCGGCAUGUAACAUCUUAAUCACAUUUACUGAUGGGAAAAGUCGUAAGCAGAUUCCACUGAAAAAAGAGAAUGAUCAAACAGUUAUGGUCCCUCUUUUCCAAAGUCAAGAAAACAUUGCUGGGAAGAUUACAAUAGAACCAGUGCAAGGGAAGAAGAUUGACCACAAUGGCAUAAAAGUUGAACUCCUUGGACAGAUAGAGAUGUAUUUUGACAGAGGGAAUUUUUAUGACUUUACCUCUCUUGUACGAGAACUGGAUGUUCCGGGAGAUAUCUAUGAGAAGAAAACUUAUCCAUUUGAAUUUUCGACUGUUGAAAUGCCCUAUGAGACAUAUAGUGGGGUGAAUGUGAGGCUUAGGUAUGUCUUGAAAGUAACCAUCAGUCGAGGUUAUGCAGGAAGCAUGGUAGAAUACCAGGAUUUCAUGGUAUGCAACUAUUCCCCCUCUCCGCCAAUUAACAAUAGCAUCAAGAUGGAGGUUGGUAUUGAAGAUUGUCUACACAUAGAGUUUGAAUACAACAAAAGCAAGUACCAUCUGAAAGAUGUCAUCAUUGGCAAGAUAUACUUUCUCCUUGUAAGAAUCAAGAUAAAAAACAUGGAUCUAGAGAUAAGGCGUCGAGAAUCAACUGGGUCAGGUACCAACACCCAUGUUGAGACAGAAACAUUGGCUAAAUUUGAGUUGAUGGAUGGUGCCCCUGUCAGAGGUGAAUCAAUCCCAAUCAGACUGUUCCUCAGUCCUUACGAGCUGACACCAACUCAUCACAACAUUAAUAACAAAUUUAGUGUGAAGUACUUUUUAAAUCUUGUGCUGGUUGACGAAGAGGACAGGCGUUAUUUUAAGCAGCAGGAAAUCACAUUGUAUAGGCUGCAACAAACUUCCUGAUUAAUAUACAGGGCAUGAGUAUUUUGUUUGACAAGGAUAGAAAUAAUGAAGAUUGCCAUGGACUUUGAAGAGCUCCGGUAUCUAGGGUUCAGCCACAUGAAUCAGGUUUUCUAAGUGGUAAAAUGGCUUAGUUUCUAGCGGGGUCAUUGCUUGAAAUGCGACACCUGCUGUUAUGUACAUCGACUGAUUUCUCAUCCGUUUCUUGACCCAGUUUUGAAACAUUAGACAUGCCAUUCUAGCUAGUUCUCUUAUUUGUGCUGGAUCAUUGAUAUCCCUCAACGACAAUCAAUGCGUAUUUGGUCUUUCUCUUUCGAACACCUACAGGCUUUGUGUCUUGCGCAAUUCUUUACCACCGCAUAUUUAAUUAAAGUUAUAGGAACUAUAACC